AUGUCGCGCCCUGAGGACACCCUCGCGGCCGACAUUCACUACAAUGACUCCGAAGCCCGCAAGUACACGACGAGCUCUCGUAUUCAGAACAUCCAGGCGUCCAUGACCCGCCGCGCCCUCGAGCUCCUCGAUCUCAAGCACCCCUCCCUCAUCCUCGACGUCGGCUGCGGCAGCGGUUUGUCCGGCGAGAUCCUCUCCGCCGAGGGCCCUGAGGAUGGCGGGCCGCACACCUGGAUUGGCAUGGACGUCUCCCCCUCCAUGCUCGACAUCGCUCUACAGCGCGACGUCGAGGGCGACCUACUCCUCGCCGACAUCGGCCAGGGCGUGCCCUUCCGCGCCGGCUCUUUCGACGCCGCCAUCAGCAUCUCCGCCAUUCAGUGGCUCUGCAACGCCGAGAGCAGCGACACCUCCCCUGAGGGCCGCCUCACCAGAUUCUUCAACGGCCUCUACGCCUCAUUACGCAGGGGCGGCCGCGCCGUCUGUCAGUUCUACCCCAAGAACGACACCCAGCGCAACAUGAUCACCCAAGCCGCCGUCAAGGCCGGCUUCGGCGCCGGCCUCCUCGAGGACGACCCGGAGACCAAGAACGUCAAGCUCUACCUCGUCCUCACCGUCGGCGGCACAGCCGAGGGCGGCCGCGGCGGCGACAUCACCAACGUCGUGGAGGGCAUGGACAACGUCGACGUCGAGGACGCGCGGAGGAAGGCCAAUGCGCAGCAGAGCGGCAAGGGGGAGAUCAAGAAGGGCAGCAAGGCGUGGAUUGUCAAGAAGAAGGAGCAGAUGGAAAGGAAAGGCAAGGUCGUCAAGUCUACCUCCAAGUAUACCGGGCGGAAACGCAGAAUCGCCUUUUGA